AUGCAAUGUAAGGGUUUCUUAGCCGAUUAUAUCGAGGAGCACAGGAAUAUUGCAACAACUUUCAAGCACAAGAGGACUGAGCCUGCUAUUCUCACUUAUGAGAGUAGGUCUUAUGCUUCAAACUUUAAGCAUCGAGGGAACUACUCAAAGUUUUGUGGCAGUGCUUGGUUUGAGUUCAGCAACGAUUAUGCCCUUCGUGCUGGAGAUCGUGUGGUAUUUACUCUGGACAACUCAUGCUUUGACCUCAAAGUAGUGACUUUCUGUGAUGGCGAAUUGAUUCUUCCUUUACCUUCUAUUGCUUUUGAAAACCUAAGUAAUGCAAGGUACGAGCUAGUUUGCUCUGCUGUGAUGCCCCGUGGCUUGGAGUUCAACUAUCACAACAACUGCUCGUUUGUACAUUCACUUUUUCGUACUUCAGGGAUCAUGCGCUGCAUUCCGUUCGUCCAUGUCAUGACUGCCUCAAAUACUGUGAAGUUCAUCAUGAAAAUCCCAAAGGUUGUUGUCUCUAGCUUGAGGAGCGUUGUUGACAUGCCAAUAAGUGCUAGAAUAUCUCUGGAAGCUUACCAGGGUGAUACACAUGUUAUCAUGCCAUCAUCUUUCAAGCUGUGCAAGCAAGAUGGGAGGUUGGUGAUCGAGAAGACCAGUUUCAGCGAGUUCCUCUCAGCGACUUCGUAUGCAAACGACAAUGUUGUGCUCAUCACUUUCAAUGAGUCAACUUAUGAUCGUUCAGUUUCAAUUAUCUUCCAGCGGCUUUUGUAG